GAAAUGAUAAAAAGAGAGUAGCAUAGGAGUGAUGGUCAGUUGAGGAAAUGCACCGUUGCUUCACAUUGGCAUAACCCCUUUUUGAUCUUUCUAACAUCAAAGAAGCAGCAGAAAAUUGAUUAAGCUGUGUGAUAUCCUCUGUUUCUUGAGGAAAAGAAAUGGAGGCAAGUGCUGGAAUGGUAGCUGGAUCUCACAAGCGCAAUGAGUUAGUUCGGAUUCGACAUGAUUCUGAUAGUGGGCCGAAACCCUUGAAGCCUCUCAAUAGUCAAAUAUGCCAAAUUUGUGGUGAUACUGUUGGGUUGAAUGCUAGUGGUGAUGUAUUCAUCGCUUGUAAUGAGUGUGCCUUUCCUGUUUGCCGGGCUUGUUAUGAGUACGAGCGUAAAGAUGGAAAUCAAUCGUGUCCACAAUGCAAGACCAGAUACAAGAGGUUCAAGGGGAGUCCACGAGUAGAUGGAGAUGAUGACGAGGAAGAUGUUGAUGACAUCGACAAUGAGUUCAAUUAUGCCCAAGGAAACAGCAAGGCCAGACAGCAAUGGCAUGGUGAUGAUGCUGGUCUCUCUUCAUCCUCUAGACACGAAUCUCAGCAACCGAUCCCUCUUCUUACAAAUGGCCAGCCAGUUUCUGGUGAUUUUCCUAGUGCAACAACUGAUACACAAUCUGUAAGAAGUAUGUCAGGACCCUUGGGCCCUGGAGACAAGCAUGCAUCCCUGUCUUAUGUUGAUCCAAGACAGCCCGUUCCUGUCAGAAUUGUGGACCCCUCAAAGGACUUGAAUUCUUACGGGCUUGGAAGUGUUGACUGGAAGGAGAGAGUAGAGGGUUGGAAACUGAAACAGGAGAGAAAUCUGGUGCAUUCGACAAACAGAUAUGCAGAAGGGAAAGGCGGAGAUAUUGAAGGGACAGGAUCAAAUGGAGAAGAGCUACAAAUGGCUGAUGAUGCUCGCCAACCUAUGAGCCGUGUGGUGCCUAUUCCUUCAUCCCACCUUACCCCAUAUCGGGUUGUAAUCAUUUUGCGGUUGAUCAUCUUGGGAUUUUUCAUGCAAUACCGUCUAACUCAUCCAGUGAAUGAUGCAUAUCCUCUGUGGCUAGUAUCAGUUAUUUGUGAGGUCUGGUUUGCCUUGUCCUGGCUUCUUGAUCAGUUUCCCAAAUGGUCACCAAUCAAUCGUGAGACAUACCUUGACAGGCUAGCUUUGAGACAUGAUAGAGAAGGGGAGCCUUCCCAGCUUGCACCUGUUGAUGUCUUUGUCAGUACAGUGGAUCCUUUGAAAGAACCUCCUCUCAUUACUGCAAACACAGUGUUGUCCAUCCUUGCUGUUGAUUAUCCUGUGGACAAGGUCUCAUGCUAUGUGUCAGAUGAUGGUUCAGCAAUGCUAACGUUUGAAUCCCUUUCUGAGACUGCAGAGUUUGCAAGGAAAUGGGUUCCCUUCUGCAAGAAGUUCAGCAUUGAGCCUCGGGCCCCUGAAUUUUAUUUUGCUCAAAAGAUAGAUUAUUUGAAGGACAAGGUUCAGCCUUCUUUUGUGAAAGAGCGCAGGGCAAUGAAGAGGGAAUAUGAAGAAUUUAAAAUACGAAUCAAUGCUCUUGUUGCAAAAGCACAAAAAAUGCCUGAAGAAGGUUGGACGAUGCAAGAUGGAACAGCUUGGCCUGGAAAUAACCCUAGGGAUCAUCCUGGAAUGAUCCAGGUCUUUUUGGGGCACAGCGGCGGCCUUGAUACUGAUGGAAAUGAACUUCCUCGUCUGGUUUAUGUUUCUCGUGAAAAGCGACCAGGUUUUCAACACCACAAGAAAGCUGGAGCUAUGAAUGCUUUGAUUCGUGUUUCUGCAGUUCUUACCAAUGGAGCAUAUCUUUUAAAUGUCGACUGUGAUCACUACUUCAACAACAGCAAAGCACUUAAAGAAGCUAUGUGUUUCCUCAUGGAUCCUGUUCUUGGAAAGAAGACAUGCUAUGUUCAGUUCCCUCAACGAUUUGAUGGCAUUGACUUGCACGACCGAUAUGCUAACCGCAACAUUGUGUUCUUUGAUAUAAACUUGAAAGGGUUGGAUGGUCUUCAGGGUCCUAUGUAUGUGGGAACUGGGUGUUGUUUUAACAGGCAGGCCCUAUACGGGUAUGAUCCUGUCUUAACUGAGGCUGAUUUGGAGCCGAACAUCAUUGUGAAGAGCUGUUGUGGUGGGUCAAGGAAGAAGGGAAGGAGUGGAAACAAGAAAUACAUUGAUAAGAAGAGGGCUGUAAAAAGAACAGAAUCUACUAUCCCAAUUUUCAAUAUGGAAGACAUUGAAGAAGGCGUAGAAGGAUAUGAUGAGGAGAAGUCGCUGCUUAUGUCACAGAAGAGCUUGGAGAAGCGGUUUGGUCAAUCACCAGUGUUCAUUGCUGCCACUUUUAUGGAACAAGGAGGCAUUCCCCCAUCCACUAAUCCUGCAACUCUUUUGAAAGAAGCAAUCCAUGUUAUUAGCUGUGGCUAUGAGGACAAGACUGAAUGGGGAAAAGAGAUUGGGUGGAUCUACGGAUCUGUCACUGAAGAUAUUUUGACUGGUUUUAAGAUGCAUGCACGAGGAUGGUAUUCCAUAUACUGCAUGCCUCCCCGGCCAGCAUUUAAAGGGUCUGCUCCUAUCAAUCUCUCUGAUCGUUUAAACCAGGUGCUCCGGUGGGCCUUGGGUUCUGUUGAAAUCCUGUUGAGUAGGCAUUGCCCAAUAUGGUAUGGCUACAGUGGCAGAUUGAUACUUCUGGAGAGAUUAGCAUAUAUUAACACCAUUGUCUAUCCUAUCACAUCUUUACCUUUGCUUGCUUACUGUACGCUUCCUGCCAUCUGUCUUCUGACGGGGAAAUUUAUCAUUCCUGAGAUAAGCAACUAUGCUGGCAUGUGGUUCAUUCUUCUCUUCCUUUCCAUUUUCGCAACUGGUAUAUUGGAGCUUAGGUGGAGUGGUGUGAGUAUUGAAGACUGGUGGAGAAAUGAACAGUUCUGGGUCAUUGGUGGUACAUCGGCUCACUUGUUUGCAGUUUUCCAAGGUCUACUGAAAGUGCUUGCUGGGAUUGAUACCAACUUUACAGUCACGUCAAAGGCAAACGAUGAGGAUGGGGAUUUUGCAGAGCUUUAUGUGUUCAAAUGGACGACUCUGCUUAUUCCUCCCACAGCGAUCCUUAUUGUGAAUCUGGUAGGAAUUGUGGCGGGUGUUUCGUAUGCCAUAAACAGUGGAUAUCAAUCAUGGGGUCCUCUAUUUGGGAAGUUGUUCUUUGCCAUUUGGGUCAUUGUCCACUUGUACCCUUUCCUCAAAGGUUUGUUGGGACGUCAGAAUCGUACUCCUACCAUUGUCAUUGUCUGGGCUGUUCUCCUUGCAUCCAUAUUCUCAUUGCUUUGGGUGCGCAUCGAUCCCUUCACAUCAGACGCUACAAAGACUGCUACAAGAGGUCAAUGUGGCGUCAAUUGCUAGUGAGAAGUUUCAUGGUAAGAAAAAUUUGCUAAUGCAUUCCCUUGUUGUAUAUAAGAAAACUAAGGCGCUCUCGAGUCCUAUGGUCAUGUUGUACCACUGUUGUCAGUCAGAAGGAGUGUGAUGCAUGAAAGACAUCAAACUCUAUUGGAUUUUUGCCUUUUGUUUGUAUACCUUUUACCUGUCUCAGAUGUUCAUGCAAGCCCUGUAACUUAUGAUGUGGAGAAUUUUGAAUUUGAUUUUGUUAUCGUUGGUGCAGUAUCGUUCGACCCUCUUCCUUAAAGAGAUGAUAUGUUUCUGAUUUAA